CUGAACCAGCUCUUCUAUCUUUUCUCUCUCAUGUGCAAUUCUCAAUUCUUUACUGAGCUGGGUUCCCUAAGCUGCUCCAAAUUUGAUUUACAUCCACCCUUUUAUAUAAAAGAGAUUUACCACAGCCUAGGGACGUGAGAAGAGCCUAGCAACCCUUUCUUUGGGAACUUUUAAUAGUUAGACAAUGGUCAUGCAUCCCAGCCUUGAUGCUUCUUCUAUUUCCCUGCUCCCAGCAGUGUUCUGGAGUCAAAGACAGAAAGGAGACAGCAGCCAGAACUAAGUCUGAGAUUGGGGCGGGGCUUCUAGAGCAAGGAAAACUUUUUUAUUUUGCAUUUCCUUAGUAGCGUUCAGAAUCAUUGACUCACAGUUGUCAGUCUAGGGGGUGUGUGUGUCAUUUAUUUGCUGCUUGGAGGGGUUAUAAGAAGAGCCAAUAAGAAAGGAGGUUCCUCCAUAACACAGGAACACUGUGGACCCCAAGCCCCACCCUACCCACCUCUUCAAAGACUCCAGCUGCCCCUCGUCAGUCCUCUGCCUCCCUAUCACAUGCUCAUGCCCCUGGGUGGGCUGCUGUGGUGGUGGUGGUGCUGCUGUAGCUGGUACUGCUGUGGACUGUGCACCCCAGCUCCACAGAUGUUGCGCCACCAGGGUCUCCUCAAGUGCCGCUGCCGAAUGCUCUUCAAUGACCUGAAGGUUUUCCUACUGAGGCGCCCCCCUCCAGCGCCCCUGCCCAUGCACGGUGACCCCCAGCUCCCUGGUGUGGCGGCCAACAACAACACCCUUCCGGCUCUGGGUGCCGGGGGGUGGGCAGGCUGGAGGGGCCCCCGAGAAACGGUGGGCAGGGAGACCCCUCCUCUGCCACCUCCACCACCUUUGCCUCCUGUGGAAGAUGACUGGGAUGGCCCAGCCACAGGGCCACCUGCCUCCCUGCUCAGCAGUGCUUCCUCUGAUGAAUUCUGUAAGGAGAAAACCGAGGACUGCUACUCUCUAGGAAGUAGCUUGGACAGUGGUAUGAGAACUCCCCUCUGCCGCAUCUGUUUCCAGGGACCAGAACAGGGAGAGCUGCUAAGCCCGUGCCGCUGUGAUGGUUCAGUCAAAUGUACUCACCAGCCAUGUCUCAUCAAAUGGAUUAGUGAAAGGGGCUGCUGGAGUUGUGAGCUGUGCUACUAUAAGUACCAUGUCAUCGCCAUAAGCACAAAGAAUCCUCUGCAGUGGCAGGCCAUAUCCCUGACAGUCAUCGAGAAGGUUCAGAUUGCAGCCGCCAUCUUGGGUUCUCUCUUCCUCAUCGCCAGUAUCUCUUGGCUCAUCUGGUCGACCUUCAGUCCCUCAGCAAAAUGGCAACGCCAAGACCUCCUCUUCCAGAUCUGCUAUGGGAUGUAUGGCUUCAUGGACGUGGUGUGCAUAGGCCUCAUCAUCCAUGAAGGGCCCUCAGUAUAUCGCAUCUUUAAACGCUGGCAGGCUGUAAACCAGCAGUGGAAAGUGCUGAACUAUGACAAGACAAAAGACUUAGAGGAUCAAAAAUCAGGUGGCAGGACAAACCAACAGACUUCCUCAUCUGCCCAAGCCAACAUGCCCUCCACGGAAGAGGAGGCAGCCAGCCCACCUGCCCGUGAAGAGGGCCCCACCAGGGCUGCCAGCCACCCUUCAGGCCCUGUGUCCCAACACCACUGUGCUUACACCAUCAUACACAUCCUGAGUCACUUGAGACCUCAUGAUCAGCGGAGCACCCAGAGCAGCAGCCGAGAGCUCGUCAUGAGAGUCACCACAGUGUGAAAGGAGGCGGAAUAGUGAGACCACACACGCCACAGGAAAGAGUCUGGGCCAGGAGGGGCCCAGGGAGCAGGAAUGGGAGGCAGAAAUCCAGCCGUGGGUGGUGGGCCUCAAGGGGAGCCGUGGAGAGACAGCCUGAGGGAGAGUACUUAUGAUUUCCAGUCCAUUGGUUCCACAGCAAAGGAAAAACCAACAUAAACUCUACAACAAUGGGUGGGACAAAUGGAAUCUGCCCUAAGAAUACAACCCCUUCCGGAGAGCCACAAAUAGCAAGACACUCAGAAAGGGGUGGGCAGAAAAUGGUGGCUGGUACCUGGGGUACCUGCUGUGCCUGUGGGUGUAAGGGCAGCAAAGAGAGAAAGCAAAGGCCACCUGGAGAAGAAUUUUUGUAAUCUGCACCUCUCUCUCAGCUUUUGGUUCAUAAGACAGAGAGAGAGAGAGAGAGAGAGAGAGAGAGAGAGA